GGGGGAAGGCGGGGGGAGGGGCUGAGGAGCCGGAUGGGGCCGUGGGUCUGCGUUCAGGAUACCAGCGGUCCUCCCUGGCUUUCCCGGGACGUUGGUCUUGUAGUCCCUCCCCUGCCCUUUCUUUCCCUAUGGCGAUGGCCGCUCUGGCUCUUGAAAGAGGCUUCACUUCCGCGCUUAUCCUUGGAGAGCAGUUUUCAUCCGAUUCGCAGGGGUCCGCGACCUCCUAUCCCAGAUCCCCGCCUGGAGUUGAGGAGUGAGACCGGGUACGCCCCGGGAGCCAGAAUGAGCGGAGACCCAGAGAAGCCCGCUGGGAUUUCUCUUUGAUUAUGAGUAGGGAAAACCCUGUGAGGCCUCUGGAAAGACAUCAGAAGGAUUUAGUCUAGGAGCUCAGAGCGUUUCUCCAGGUGGAGAAGAGGCGGAAAAUGAGAGAGGACGGCCGGCCAUUAGUGUUUGAGGCGGGCCUGUGGCCACAGGGGGCCUGAAGUCUGAGUAUAACUAUAAGAAAUGAAUUUUAAUGUCUGGAAUAUCAAAGAGAUGCUCAGUAUUCCUUCAGGCUCUGGGAACAAGAAGUCAUCCAACUGGAAUAAUAAUCAAAAUGAUUAUUCCAGUCUCAGUGAUUCCCAGUUCCUCUUUGGAUCUCAGUUCUGUCCAGAAAAUUCAGAAACCCUAUCAGCACCCUUGGACUUUGGUGCCCACUUGAGACAUUCAAAACAGUCACAACAGAAUUCUCUGGAGGGUGAACCUAGCAUUUUCACAAAGUACCAGACAAAGCCCCAGCUGUUCGGAGGAGAUAUAAAAGAUGGAGGUUUAUUUCCUCCUCCUUUGUCAGUUGGAAAAUCAAAAGGCCUCUUGGAACAGUUUGAGGAGAAAAAGAAAAGGGCAAAAGACAAAUGUGACAGUGAGACUCUAUACAACUUUGUUUCUAAUGUUAGAGAAAGCAUUCUCAGGUUGCAGACGUCUGUGGAAAAGUCUGAGGAACAUCUCAGUUCAAGAAGCCAAUCUAUUUUGGAUUCUUUGGAGACUGUGGCCAAGACAUUACAAGAGUCUAUACAGGCCCAGAAUGAGCUGGUGUUUGAGGCAAUCCAGGACAAAGGCAACAUGGAGCAGGCCAUCCUUGAGAUGAAGAAAAGAUUUGAAGCUAGACAAGCAGAGUUUAUAGAAAUGAAGUCCAACCUGAAGCACCUUGAAGUUUUAGUUGCUCAGCAGAGCCAGGAAUUCCAGCAGCUGUGCAAGCAGCUAGGCCAGCUGAAUGUGCCCAGUGUCCUAGCAGAGCUGAAGAGAUUGAUCUCAGUGCCUCCAGUGAAAGACAGCGCUUCUCAGACGUCGCCACCUUUGGCCCAGAGCCUCAAUCUCACCAGGCAGGAAAAAUACACCUCUGAGAAACCAGUUUUAUGGCAGGCCCAGGCCCUCCCUGCUGCAUGGAAUCCUGGUAUGGGCUCCCUACAGCCUGGAGAAUUUGGUGUCUGGGGUGAAGGAGCAAAGAAUGAUGCCCUCCAAGAAGAGGCUGCACUGCCAGCAUUUGGGUCCCAUGAAAGAAAUAGGCAUGUAAAUGACAAGGCGGUGCAGACUAACUGCAAGAACUGGGCUGUUACUAAAGCAGGUGCCAAGAACCAUGGUUCCAGCAUCCCAGGCCAUAAGAUUCCUAGUGACAGGGACCUGGUUUCCCAAGGAGCCUCACAGCUCACAUCAUUGGAGAUAAACAACUUUUCAACCAGCAUUAAGAAUGCCUGCCAAAAAUAUCAAGCCCAAAGUAUGUUUUUGUGUGACCCACGUGAACAUUUGGUGAUUAAACAGAAAGAUGGGACUGUAGAAAUGCGGGGGAAAGACAAGAAGCAGCAGCCCAGGAAGGCCCACAGGGCCCACAGAGGCAGGCUCCUAGCCAGCAAGCAAAAACAAAUCCCAAUCCAGACCUGUAAAUUCAAUUCCAAAUAUCAGAGUCCUCAGCCUGCAAUUUCUGUCCCUCAAAGGCCCUUCCUGGGACAGCAGGAACCCCAUGCUCAGCCUCUGCAUCUGCAGUGUCCCAGGAGCCCCAGAAAACCAGUCUGCCCUAUUCUGGGAGGAACAGUCAUGCCCAAUAAGACAGUAAGAGCAGUGCAGGGAAGACUCUUGCAGCUCAGCAGGUGCUCUUCCCAAGACAACUGGCUACUUUCCAGCAGUUCCCAGGGGGACCACCAGAUGAGCUGGUUCAGUGACCUCAAUCUCGGAUGUUCAGAGACCCCUCUAUGCAAGGAGGCAGGAAAGAAUUUGCUCUAUGACCUGGGUUUUGAUAGCAGUGAUGAUGAUGGCUUCUGACCAGUCCACAGUUGAUUUAUUGGUCUCAGCUAGAAAGAGAAAUUGCAGGACAUUUGGGCUGGCCAACAGCAGAAAGUCCCUGAAGCCUGCCAAGUACCAGGGUCAGAGGCCCUGCUGAGGUGGGGCAAUGAGCACGAGGGCAGGGAAGGUCCAGCAUUCUGGGUACCAGGUGCUGCCCCUGACAAGGAUUAAGUGCAUCCUUAUUUAUUGGAAUGAAAUGUGAAAAUGGUGCUGAUGAAAGCUGAGGCAGCAGCCUGGUUGUGGGGCAUCUGGAGCAGGGUGCCUGUACUUUGGCGAAAGGCGGGCAGGCCUCCUUAUGGAGUAUUGUGUAGCAGAAGGGCUCUCAUAAAACUGUUGCGGUGGCAGCAUGACUCCAAACAACAUUUUUGGGUCUUUAAAAUAUUCCCUACACAUGACCAAUACAUUUUCAGGCCUCAGGAUUUUUUUCUUUCUUAUUUUUAGCCACUUAUGCUACCAGAAUGUUUGCAUUUUUUGAUCAGUAGACAUAUUACAGGACACCCUCAAUCUUCUUGUGAACAGAGAAAAUAAAAUAUCAGCCUGCCAGUGAAAGAGGUGACAUUCACUAGCAAAUGUCCAGAGCAUAUCACUGCUCACAAGCCAUUUUUCUUCCUGGUUGCUUUUUCCCUUGUCCUGUUUUUCAAGCACUUUCUUAAAACUAACAAUAUUGUAGAUCUUGUAUUUCUGAAGAGCAGUGGGCUUAUAUGGGACUUUGGCUUUCCAUUUUUAUCUUGCUGAAGUUUUUGAGUUUUUGCAACACAUAUGUAUUUUUUGUUAUCAGAAAUAAGAUAAAACAUUUAAAAGCA